AUGGAUGAGUUCAAGUUCAGUGAUAGCGAUACAUCCGAUAGAGUAUUCGUAUCAAACGUAUUAGUUAACUCAACAUUCGAUUUAGCUAAUGUACACAUGAUUAUAAACUCUGAUUUCGAAAAUAUCAACGGAUUAUACGUUUAUUGGCAGUAUGUUACAUCAGAAAAACCGGCAUUUAUUGUUGGGUUGAGACUAUUAAUCAUUCUAACAUCGGUUUAUCUCACCCAUAAUUACAUUAUGGGUUUAGUUCCCGGUAUUGAACUAUUUACGCAAGGAUCUACUAUAGUUCUUGGAAUAUUAUCAUGUCUUGCAUCUUUUCCAUUUAAUAUGUUUUUCAAUUCAAAAAUUAUGGAUGUUCCUCAAGUAUUCUUUGCAGCGAUCAUGGUUUCAUUUUUCCGCUACGUAGUAUUAACAGAGAUACAGCUUGAGGCAGAAUGCAAACAAACUCCUACAAUGAAAUACAACGUAUUUUUUAUCAUUCUCUUUUCGAUUUAUUCAAUCACUGAAUUAGCUCUUACAUUUUCUAUAACAUCGAAAAGUUUCAUCCUUGUCAAUAUAUUGAAUGUUUUGAAUUAUAUAUAUGUUGGAAUUUCCGUAUUUAUAACAAUAAUGGCAUUUCUUCGAUAUGAUAAUGGAUACACUAGACGUCUUAUCUUUAUGUGCACUCUUGAACUGCUCUCUUUCCUUUUUUAUAUUUCUCUUCCAUAUGUAGUCGAGAUGCCUCUACAUCGCACAUUGACAUUUGGUGCAGCACACAUAUUUAUGAUAUCGUACAUGCUUGCUCUCCUUCAGAUUUGUUAUGAACCGCAAUAUAAUUCUCAAGAAACUGAUCAAUCUUCACUUCUUUCUAAAGAGACAUCUGCUGUUGACAUAAACCUUCAGCCAGAUUUAGAAGAUGAGAAUGAAACUCCAUUAGAAAAUUAA